GCUGCCUGAUGAUCAUGGUAGACUGGGAAGACGGAUGGUCAGGUCAGGGCCGUCCUUACCCAAAUUAGAAAAUGAAAGUGUAACCUCAUUUAUCCCUUUUUUAUUACCUACUCUGGCCGCGCAUUUAUUUAGCUUUAGUGAGCCGUGGAAAUACCUUCAAUCUAAUAAUGGAAGACGACUGUGUAUGUGACUACGACUCGACUUGGGACACAGAGAGUGAUGGUGACGACCCGGCCGGAGAGAGCCAGACCCGUCGGUCAAGUCAGGACAAAAAUAAGUCAUCGUGGGCUAUAUGGCAUCAUGCGCCCAGAAACAUGAGGGCAGCAAAGGACAUGCAGAACUACAGAAGAGGCUAUCCUAAUUUAGCAGAUGAGGAGUGCUCGGAGGAUAAAAUGAAUAACUUACAAUUUUACCUAAACAAGUUUCCGUCUGCUCCUGAUGAUGUCUACAUCGAAUCAUUUCUUAAAGAAUGGAAAAACGACUAUAAAAGACUGGAGAGGGUUCACUCCUACAUUCAGUGGCUGUUUCCACUGCGGGAACCAGGGGUUAAUUAUAUGGCUUCAGAACUCACCAGGAAAGAAAUUGAGGCCUUCAAGAAGAAUGAAGAUGCCAAAAGAAGACUAGUAGAAUCUUAUGAACUCAUGUUGGGCUUUUAUGGCAUUCGUUUGGUCAACAAAGAGACGGGCGAAGUGAAACGUGCAGAAAACUGGAAAGAUCGCUUUGGAAACUUAGAAAGAAAUAUGCACAACAACCUGAGGAUCACUCGCAUCCUGAAAAGCCUCGGGGAGCUGGGCUUUGAGCACUAUCAAGCCCCGCUUGUGCGCUUCUUCCUGGAGGAGACUCUGGUCAAGAAGAACCUCAGCAGUGUGAAGCGCAGUGUGCUCGACUACUUCCUGUUUGCCGUGCUGGACAAGCAAAAACGUCAGGAGCUCGUGAAAUUUGCGUACCUUCACUUUGAGCCGAAGGACAAGUUUGUGUGGUGUCCAAGAAAGGUUCAGAAACAGUUCAGAAAGGCAGAGAAAAGCAAAGACGGAGAUGCAGCUCUGCCGCAGAAGGAGGAAGGACCGGAUAAUAAUUCCAAGCCUCAGAAAGGAAACGAUAAAAAUAAAGACAAAAGCAAACAGCCGGAGGAGUCUGCCAAACCACAAGCCGAAGAUGAGACAGUCAGAAAUGGUAAUGUGGAGGCGGAAUCUAAUGAUGAAAUUGUGAGGAAUGGAAAUGACUCUCCAGAUGAUGAUCAAGAAAUGGAUCAGUCGCCCGGUCCCGACACGGUGACUGCACAGCCUGAGCCCGACGCAAACAGUGAGCAGAAACCGACCAAUAACCCGACAGACACCAUUCAGGACACUGAGGUUAUGCAGACCGACUGCGACAUAAAAACUGAAAACCAGCCAAAAAAGAAGAGGGAAGAUGAUGAGGUGCUGCCAAAUAGUGACCCUGCCAGUGAGCAGGUGGAAGAAGAAGCUGCUGCGGAUAAAUCCACGAGUCAAACAAGCCCAUCUGUGCACACUCCCCUCAAGACUUCAAAACACUCACCCUCUCCAUCUUCUGAAAGGGAGGGCAAAAUCCCAAGGACUGAUUUUAAUCAGCGGCAGGACAAAGACGAAGCAUCACAUGAAACAGUUUCUGUGGUGAACGGGACGGAAAACGACAAAAGUGUAAAUGAACAGAACAAUGGGACGGAGUCGGAGGACGUCGACAUGGAGGCGUUGAGCUCAGACCAAAACGAGACAAGUUCCUGAAUAAACAGUGACGGGUGAAAAUACCUACGAGCUGUAUGGUGUAAUAUAAGGACAGAAUAUGACUUUAAAAGAUUUCCCGGGCCUUAUUUCUAUUCUAUUUGAUGUUAAGAUAUGGAUUUGUUUUUCCCACUUGAAAGCUUAUGAAAUAAUUUGUCCACCAAAUAUUGGACUGAAAGUGGUUCAGUUUGGUUCUCAGUAUUACGUAGUUGUUUUCCCCCCAAAACAAAUCUAACAGAAGCAGCAAGAAGUUAGUCACAUUAGAACAAUGCAUUCGGCUUGAUUUUUAGUAACGCUUUUCAAAGUGAAGCUUUUUUUAAAAGCUGUUUGCUUUUAAUACAUAUAAUUAACAAGUUUUUAGAAGACAUUAGAAGACAUCUCAAUUAACUUCAUUAAUUUCUUCUAUUGCUUUGUAUACCGCCACAACAAAGGUGCUGUUUAUAACUGGUUUUCUGACUUGUUUAAAAGUUACCUCGGCCUUGACAUCUUUAAACUUUGGUCUCCAAAAAUAGUCUAAGCUUCAAAAAGUUAAACAUUAGGUGUUUGAAAAUGACUGAGCAUGACAUGCUGAAUAAACUCCUUGAUGCUGUUCUACUUGGUGCCUCUAUCAUCAUUGUGAGGCUGUAGGGGUGGUAAUUAGUGGGUUGCUUAUUCCCCUCUCAAGAUCUGGCAGCACCGCUGCCAUGUUGUAUUUCUGGGACCAGAUUCUAUACAAUAUUUAGUGUUUUAAAUCCCACCUACUCCCCAUCGCACAAUCUGAAUGAAAUCAAAAUUUAAAUGCUGUACUUGCACCAUCAUUUGGGGUCACUGUAGAGUUGGGCAAUAUUAACUUAAAAAUGAACCACAAUUAAUUGUGGCAUUUAGCCGAUAUCGAUUAACAGAUGAUUAUUGCACUUGCUUGUGGCUGACGUUGUGGCCUUGGUUCAUGUUUCGGUUUUUCUCGUACUCCGAAAAAGAAGUUCAUUUUAGCAGUAGCAGGAUGUCACUUAAGUAUACAGGUUAGUUUUUUAUUUGAUUUUAAGGUUGUUGAGCUAAACUUGCUGCUGGUUUUGGUGUUUUGACUGGAUUUGUAGGCAGAAGGUAACAAUGCAAAUUAUUACCUGAAUAAUAAGUUACUCUAGUAAUCAAGACUGAAAGGAAAACAUGAAGCGCGAUUACAGAUGCAUAUCAGGUAACUGUAGGACCCCACAUUUGAGAUUAAUUUUUCUUUUUGCACUGAGAAAAAUUGUAAAAAAAAAAAUUUAAAUAUAAACUUUAGUUCUCAAUAUGAUCUGAUUUUGUGUUGAUGAAAUGUUCUGUACUGGUUUGUGUUCCUCUUUGAUUCUGCUGUUUUGGUUGAAAAUUUGGCCGAAUGUUAUUUAAGUUCCCAACAAUGCUGCUCAGUCUGAAACCUGUCCAAAUGUAAAUUUGGGAAGUUAGACUGAACAACUGAACGCUUUGCCAAAAAAAAAUCUUAAAAAUGUGAAGAGACUGUUUGAUUGUACAAUGUGCUUGGCAGAAAUGAAAAUGCUUUGGCUGUUAUUUAGUUCUACUGUAUGUUCAUUUGAAAGUGGUGCGUUCCAUGAAAAUCUACAAACCAGGGUGAUAAUUUAAUUAUUAUUAUUAUUUUUUUUGCACUCGAUUUUUGCCAAUAUUUGUUUAAGUUGCUGUAUUAAACCUGAUGAAACUGAUAACUUUCUACAUAACUAUUUACUAGUUCCACACCUGGCUGUUACCAGAGCAGAAUAAAGUCUUACUAUUUUCUGA